CUAAGUUCACGAUUGGGAAAUAAUUGCCGAAGCUGCCUGAAGAUGAGUCAGUCUCCUCAAAGGAUCUACCUGUUUCAGAGUUCCAGUCAGCAGAGAUUGCAGAGAAUGGCAACCCAUCCUCCGAGUACCCACCAACACCCUCCGGUUACCCAUCCCAAGGCUCCAGCCACAUCGGAUAGUUUGCCUCACUGCACUCUGGAGUUGGCGCUCGAGAUCAUUGUGAACAUCUACCAUCAAUUCGCUCCUCGAGAAGGCAAAGAUGACUUCUUGAGCCUCAAGGACAUGACGGAGCUUCUCAAGAGCCAAGCUCCCACUUUCCUGGCUGCCUGCAACAGAAACCGCCCAGGCUACAUGAAAGAGCUUUUCAAAAAAGCAGAUGUUGACAAGACCGGACAACUGACUUUUGAGGAGUUCACCAAAGUGUUUGCUCUCCUGGUAGACGAUACCCAUCGCCUGAGUCACGGCGAGGACCGAUGUGGCCCAGACCACGAUUGAGCUCCCCCCAUAAAUUGGUACUGCCUGUUGUAAAAGCUGCCAAAUAAAGGAUUUGCACGAGACAUGU